UGGGGCUGGUUACCUUAGUGACUAACCAGCUGCAUAAGAAAAGACAGAAAAAAAAACACACACUCACACUGUCACACACAUACGUAGUGAGAGCAGGAGACGCCAUGGAGGAGCUCGAUUUGCUGUUGGAGGAGCUGGCCCUGAACCCAACAGGGUCAGAGAGUGUCCACGAGAAAAAGAGCGAAGGUCCAGCUGAUGGAGAGGUGCUGGGUGCAGACUAUAGCGAACUCAGCAAGAAAGAAAAAAGCUCAGUCUGCUCAAAUGUUUACAGCGAUCUGCCUGCUCCUGUGGCGGCUGAAGCGCGCUCCAGCUCACCCACUGAUGAGCUGGACUCCAUCUUACAGGAUCUGAUGGGGAUGGCACAAGGGGAUCAAGUGCCUUCAGCGACUCCACCCCCACUGACACAGAAGACUUCCAUCAAAAAGAAAACAGAAGGUGGGCAGCAGGAGAACAAGGAGAGCAGCAGCAGCAGCAGCACGGCAGGUUCAGGUGCAAAGGCCUCGACUACGACAAAGAAAACAGACACGAUCGAUGAUCUGCUGGGAGGACUGAGCUCUGACCUGGAGAAGAUUGGUGUACGCACCGUGGCCAAGGGCCACUGCGCCGCCUGCAACAAAUCCAUUGUGGGAAAGAUUAUCACAGCGCUGGGUCAAGCGUGGCAUCCUGAACACUUUGUGUGUACGGUAUGUAAGAUGGAGCUGAGCACCACAGGCUUCUUUGAGAGAGAUGGACAGCCAUACUGUGACAAGGACUACCAUCAGCUCUUCUCUCCUCGAUGUGCCUACUGCAAGGGGCCCAUUCUGCAUAACAUCCUGACAGCUCUGGACCAGACCUGGCACCCCGAGCACUUCUUCUGUACACACUGCGGGGGCCGUUUUGGACCUGAAGGUUUCCUAGAAAAGGAAGGGAAGCCUUAUUGUUGCAAGGACUUCUACCACCUCUUUGCUCCAAAGUGCUCCGGCUGUGGGGAGUCAGUGAAGGAGAACUACCUGACUGCAGCCAAUGGCACCUGGCAUCCAGAGUGCUUCGUCUGCUCGGACUGUAUGAAGCCUUUCACUGACGGCUGUUUCAUGGAGAUGGACGGUCGACCCCUCUGCUCACUGCACUUCCACUCCCGGCAGGGCACUCUGUGUGGCAGCUGCGGCGAGCCCAUCACGGGCCGCUGCAUCUCCGCUCUCGAUCGCAAGUUUCACCCCGAGCACUUUGUGUGCGCCUUCUGUCUGCGGCAGCUCAGCCAAGGCAUCUUCAAGGAGCAGAGAGGGAAGCCAUACUGCGGGCCUUGCUUUGACAAACUGUUCGUGUGAGACAUUUGGUGCAGGACGUAUAAAUAAUGCAAGAGAAACCAGUCAAAUGUUGCCUCCCUGUCCUUGUUGGGAUUCUAUAAGUGAAAAUGAGGCAACUACACUGUUCUUACAGUAAAUUCAAUUCAAGUGCAAUUGCAAUUUUUCAGAUGAGCAAUAAACGUUUUCUUUUUGGUACUUCAUGUUGAACUGGGGCUCCUGACACAACAAGUGAUUUCUGAAUUCAAUUAAAUUAAGAAUGUGUAACAUGAAAUGUGACAGAAAUUAUUAAUAGGCUGUAUAAAAAAUAUGUAAUAUAAUUAAUGACACGGUUGUAAAACACAAAGAAAACACUUAUUUCCAAUGAUAAAAACAUCAAGGAAACUUUUUACGCAUUUUGGAUGGUUCUACAAGGUGUGUCGCUGACACUUGUGCUAAAUCAAACGGGAUUUCAUAUAUCAUGAUCACAUUAAAUUCAUAAAUGGAGAAAGGAAAACACAGAGGUGCAGUUUUAAUCUGUGGUUUCCAUUAAA